CAAGAAAGAAGGCUUAAGAAAGUACUACGAUAAAACUACCUGAGGCGCUUAGCUUUGAAUUGACAUUUUGCAUAUACUCAGUGGCUGGUUUGACAACUGAUUUAGGUUGUUGGGAUGUCCUCAGACUCUAAGAAUAGGCGCCACAGUGGAAGACUGCGUAAAGUUGAAGUUUCUGACACUGUGAGUAUCGCCAACACUGAGAAUCCCAACAAGAGACGGAAAUCCAUCCGCUCAGCGGCUUCACGGCAACAUCAACUUGACAAUGGUGUCUCUCAGAGUGUUGUUGAGAUUGAUGGUGUGAAGUACAUAGAAGAUCAAGAGGCGCUUCAGAGGUAUCGUCAGGAAGGUGGAGAUGUUGGCGGUCUUGAUCUGUUGGGUAAACUCAGCGCAGCGCAUCAUCUGUUGUCCUCAGAACUGGCACACCUUCAGCGAUUCACGUCGCUGGUUACAUGGGAACCUGAUUUCUCCAAUUCCAAGCUGCAUAAUGAUUACCUAGAGGAUAAAUACGAUUUAUGGAAUGACGAUGAACAGGCGACUGGCGGGAGCUCACGAAAGUCCAGACGUAGUAAAAGAGUUGUUGUUAACCCUCUGAUUUCAGACGUUGAAAAAGCUGAGGCAAAAUUCGUUGAGGAAGUGUUCCAUCCAUCGCAGUACUACAGAGAUCAUUUCUUGAGGGAGAAAAAUGUGAAAAAACCAAUACAGGGCAACGAGCCAGCGUCUAUUUCGCCAAAGAGACAUAAAGACACUGUAAUAGCAGAGAAGCAGAAAGUGAGGAAGGGUUCUGUUCAGUCGAAACAGGCAAGGGUUAAAUCUAAAGCAGGGCAUAAAGGAUCACGUUCUAAGGAACUCUCUGGAGACGAACUGGAACAAGUUAUCGAGGGAACGGAGGAUAGUGAUGACGAUGAUGACGAAGAAGAGGAGGAUAAUGAGGAUUCACUGGAUGAGGAUUCCCUACCGUUGUUUAUCGAGAACGGACCUGUUCCUAAACUUCACCUCUUGUUAAAUCCCCCACAAGCAACAAUAACUGCUCCGGAACACGUCGCUAAAUCUGAAUUUGGAUCACUUGAAGGAUAUCUGAGCUCCUUCAGGUCUCUUGAUGAAGACAUCACUCCGGAGCAAUACGAAUCACAUAUCCAGGCACAACGUGAGUUUGUUGAAAAUUUCAAACGUGCUGUACAGAAUAAUGUUCUUGCUGUUGAUUCAGAGUUUAAUGUGACUAAGGUUCCCUUACCACGUCCUUUCAAAGACCCUUUAAGAAACCAACAUACACAUCAUGACCAUUUGGUAGGUCAAGCUGUUUACCUUUCGAAGUUGAUUGGUGACAGUAAGAGGGCAAGGAUUCAAAGAGCCAGAAAGGUUUCACAGAUGGUGGAAAGUCAUUUCAAGAGACUUGUCGGUGCUGAAGAACGCGCGCGCAAAGAAGAAGAGAGACGUCUCAAGGCUUUGGCACGAAAUGCAAUACAUGCUGUCAAAAAGAGAUGGACUAUGGCUGAAAAGGCAUAUAGAAUUCUGAAGAAACAGGAAAUUGAGGAGUUAAAACGUAUUAAAGGCAAAGAGCAUCUAAGUCAAAUGCUUGAGCACUCAACACAACUACUUGAGGCACAAAUGUCGAAGCAAAGCGAUGAUGAGGAUGUCAGUGAAAUCAGUCAUCAAAGUGAUUCUGUGGAUCUCUCAGAUUUUGUUGAUGACAAGUUACAGGAUGUGGAUGACUCCAAACUAACUGUUGAGCAGUUGAAAGCAAAGUACGGUCAUCUACAAGGUCUGGAUUUUGAGGAAGUCAGUGAAGCUACAGAACGUGAAACAACCGUUCCAGAAGAGACCGAUAGAGACGAACCUGUCCUAGAGGAGACCGAUAGAGACGAAACACCUGUUGAAUUGACUGAACAAGAGAAAACUGUAUUAGAGAAUGAAAAUGCCGCUGAACAUGAUUCACUCUUGGACAGUGAUACAUCCUUAAGCUCUGAUGAGGACUUGGAUAGCGAAAUGGAAGAUUCUGAAGAAGAAGAACCAGGAGAAGAGGAUGCUUCUGAACAUGGUGGCUUGGCUUCUCUGUUUGGUAAUGUUGCAGCAGACGACGAGGACAACGAAUACUCUGAGAGAAGCGAAAACGAAUCAACCGACGAAGCAGAAAGUGAAUCAAUAAAAACAACCCCAGAAGAUCAAGCGAAGGACAUAUUAACACCAAGUUCCACGCCAGAUGCAGAGAAAAGCAUCACUAAAACGUCCAGGGCCUCAACUGAGACAGCAGAUGGCGGUGUUGUGGAUGUUCCGGUUCCUGACUUACUCCUCAGAGGAAACUUGAGAUCGUACCAAAAGCAGGGUCUUAAUUGGCUUGCAAGUUUGUACAACAAUCACACGAAUGGUAUUCUAGCAGAUGAAAUGGGUCUUGGUAAAACUAUUCAAACAAUUAGUUUGAUAUGUUACCUGGCGGUUUUCAAGGGAAUUUGGGGGCCUCAUCUGAUCGUGGUUCCUACAUCUGUGCUUUUGAACUGGGAAAUGGAAUUCAAGAGGUUUGCGCCUGGGUUCAAAUUAAUGGUAUACUAUGGGUCUCCUCAGCAGAGAAAGGAAAAAAGAAAAGGUUGGAAUAAGCCUGAUACUUUUCACGUCUGUAUAACAUCUUAUCAGCUUGUUUGUCAAGAUCAACAAAUUUUCAAGAGAAAAAAAUGGAGAUAUAUGAUCUUGGAUGAAGCACAUAAUAUCAAGAACUUCAAAUCCAAUCGUUGGAAUGCUUUGUUGAACUUUAACACAGAGAACAGAUUGUUGUUGACAGGAACUCCACUGCAAAACAAUAUUAUGGAGUUGUGGUCCCUACUGUACUUUCUUAUGCCUUCUUCCAAAGCUACACAAAGUAUGCCAUCUGGUUUUGCAAAUUUGGAGGACUUUCAACAGUGGUUUGGAAAGCCUGUUGAUAAAAUCAUUGAGGGAGGUAAUUCGGAAAUUGAUCUUGAAUCCAAGAAGACAGUUUCCAAAUUGCAUCAAGUUUUAAGACCGUACCUCUUACGUCGUCUCAAAGCAGAUGUUGAAUCACAGAUGCCCGCAAAACAUGAGCAUGUUGUUGUUUGUCGUUUAUCAAAACGACAGUACAAAUUGUAUCACGAAUAUCUGGCGAGAAGUGACACCAAGGAUAUGUUAAGGAAUGCAAACUACAUAUCAAUUAUCAACUGUUUGAUGCAAUUGAGAAAAGUGUGCAAUCAUCCAGAUUUAUUUGAAGAGAGGCCAAUUCUGACAUCUUUUGCUGUACCUCAUUCGGUCAUCACUUCAUAUGAUACCACAGAGUAUACAAUAAUGAGGCUUUUGAGUUCUAAAAGAAUGGACACAGAUGUUGACUUCGAUGUUUUGAAUCUGAACUUCACUCAGUUUGAGAAAGACGGGCUGUAUACGUCUCAUUGUUCUACUAUAAACAAGCUACAAUCAUCAACUGAAUUUCACAAACAAAUCGAAGUUUUAGCCUCUGAGACUUCCAAAGAGCAUGUGCCAAACUAUUCUGAUAUAAAAGAGUUCUAUGACUACACUACGUUUAGUGAAAAGAAGAAUUUAAAAAGCCAUUUAGAGCAAACCCUAUAUCUGAAUCAGCUAAGAUGUGGGAAAAUGCCAGUAUAUGGUGCCAAUGUUUUAAAACUUCUCAGUGUCGUUGAACCUUUUGAUUUGCAACCAUCGUAUGGUAAUGAAAUGAUGAAACCUCUGAAGACAAGGAUCUUGGACAUGAAAGAUACAGUGGAUCGAUUUGCGUUUGUUACACCUGCAGUUGUAACUUUGAACAUGAAAAAACUCAGUGUUUCAAGAGAGCUCGAGAAUGAACUGACUUCGAAUGUGACGCAGAUAGAGAACCCUUUUCAUGAGAUACAAACGAAGUUAUCUAUUCAAUUUCCUGAUAAGAGUUUAUUGUUGUACGAUUGUGGAAAAUUGCAGAAGCUUUCCAAGCUUUUGCAGCAACUAAAAGACGGAGGUCAUCGUGCAUUGAUCUUUACUCAAAUGACGAAAGUGUUGGAUAUUUUGGAACAAUUCUUGAACAUCAUGGGUGUGAGGUACAUGAGACUUGAUGGUGCAACGAAGAUCGAGGAUCGUCAAAUUCUCACUGAGAGAUUCAACUCUGAUCCAAAGAUCACGGUAUUUAUUUUAUCAACUAGAUCAGGAGGUUUAGGUAUUAAUCUUACUGGUGCAGAUACCGUGAUCUUCUAUGAUUCUGAUUGGAAUCCUGCAAUGGAUAAGCAGUGCCAAGAUCGUUGUCACCGUAUCGGACAAACCAGAGACGUUCACAUCUACAGAUUUGUAUCUGAGUAUACCAUUGAAUCUAACAUUUUGAAAAAGGCUAAUCAAAAGAGACACUUGGAUAACGUUGUUAUUCAAGAAGGUGAAUUUACAACUGAUUAUUUCAGUAAGCUUUCUGUGAAAGAUUUACUCGGCGAUCAAGGAAAUGAUGAUCUGGAUGACUCUAAACCAUUAUUCGAUGAUUCAACAAGGCUUAACAGUGCACUGGCACAGGCUGAGGAUGAGACCGAUGCCAAGGCUGCUAAGGAAGCCAUGAAAGAGGUCAACUUGGACGACGUUGACUUCGACGAAAAUGAAGCAGGUGAAAAUAAUAAAGAACAGCACGAGUCGUUUGGUCAGGAUGAUGAAGGGUUUGGUCACAUUGAUGAAUAUAUGAUCAGAUAUAUUGCUAAUGGUUACUAUUAUGAUUAGUGGAUAUCUGUUUUAUAAUCGACACGACACGUUGUAUUACAUGUAACAAGGGACUUGAUGACUACGGUUUUCAUUGGCUUGUAGCCCAAUCAUCAAAAACAAACUGCAACCACAACCGAGUUUCAAGAUUAAUGGGCAUCAUAAAUGCAUACUAUACUGAGCGCUUUAGGUUACAGAAUAUAUCUGUGUGUAUAGAAGAAUAACAAGAGACUUAUAAAGCACCUCCAUU